AUGGUUGAUAUUUUUUACCACGGUCCCAGAUAUUUUGUGGCCAAAAAAAUAGCAAUUUGUGAAUAUGGCUCAUUGUACCACAAAUUGAAAAUAAUUUAUGGAGAUAUGCUAAGAAAUAAUCAUCGUAUCAUCAAUACCUCAUUCACAGUUGUCUUCGCAGUAUCUCUGAUGUCGUCCUGUGAUUUUCAUUCGUUAGCUCAUCGUUUUACACUUGAAAGAAGAAGAAAAAACAACUUCGCAUCCAAUGUCGAAUGGUGUUUUGCCGAACAUCUUGAAUCUUUUUCUCAUCGAUUGAAAUUGGAACAUUUACUACACUCCGACAAAGACUUUAGUUUCAUUUUAAAACGAUUAAAGUCAUCGAGACAAAUAAUUGACAAUGUAAUUCGAAGAAUGAUCACCCUUCUGAUUGAAUCGGACCGCAACCGAUUUUUAUAUCUAUGGAGAGAAGAUCUAAUAACAUUUUCAGUCAAAUUAGGCGAAAGAUAUUUGAUCAACUGUGUAUUUGAUAAGAUUUUCUUCAGACAAAGAAUUUUAAGAUAA